AUGGUCUAUGUCGAUGAUAUCGCCGUCACUGGUUCUAACUCUUCUCAUGUCCAAAGUACCAUCAAACUACUAGAUGACAUGUUUUCCAUCAAGGAUCUUGGUUCUUUACAUUUUUUCCUUGGUGCUGAAGUCUUGCAGCAUGCUCAUGGUUUGGUUCUCACCCGAAGCAGCUUCAUCGCUGAUCUUCUGGAAAGAUUCGGCAUGCUCGAUGCGAACAGUGUUAGCACUCCGAUGUCAACCAAUGAUCCUCUUUCACUUGAUGAUGGAUCAUCAUCUGCAGAUGCCAAGUUAUACAGGCAGAUUAUUGCUAAGAGACUUCUGCGCUACUUGAAGGGUAUCAUUACUUAUGGUCUUCACUUCACACCCGCCACUUCUUUCAAGUUGCUAGCUUACUCAGAUGCUGAUUGGGGUGGUAUACCAGACACCAGGCACUCAACUUUUGCCUAUGUUAUACUUCUUGGCAAUAAUCCAAUAAGUUGGUGCUCCAAAAAGCAACACACGGUUGCUAGAUUGUCUACUGAAGCAGAAUACAUGGUUGUUACUUCUGCUGUAGUUGAGCUUAGUUGGAUCACAAACUUACUGAUGGAAUUGCAUGUUUCCAUGUCCAGCCCUCCUAAGGUACUCUGUGACAAUAUUGAUGCUACCUAA